GAGGGACAGAGAAGGACUCGGUGCCCGAGCGCUGCGCCGGGCGACUGGGGACGAGGUGUCGGACAGUGGGAAGCAGGGCAGAGAGAGGGUACGAGAGAGGGACAGCGAGCGUGUCACAGUCUGAGCGGUGGACAGAGAGAAACUUGGGAGAGGCAGAGAUGGAGAGGCGAGGGGGAGACGGAGCCACGGAGAGAAUCGGGAUGGAGUUGGAAGAGGGAGAGACACGGAGAGAUGGGGACAGAGACUAACGCGAGCCUGGAGAGAGGACACGAGUGGAGGAACGUUCAGAGAACCCCCAAAGAGGGACACAGCUGGGGGAGACCAAGACAGAGGUGCCCGGAGAGACUGAAAGAGACAGCAGCCAGCGGGGGUGGCGGACAGAAGUCCUGAGGAUUAAGGGACCGAGAGAUUGGGGACAAGGAAAAGACCCAGAGCCAGAGCUGAAGAGACCGGGCAUUAGCUAGUGAGCCCUGGGAGACAGGAAGGAGCUGGCGGGCACCUGCGGGAUGGCAUCCCGGAGGAGAUGCAAAGGCCCUGAGUGACCUCGGCCUGGGGGGGCUGUGUGGAGGUGGACUCGGAAACCGAGGCCGUGUACGGGAUGACCUUCAAAAUUCUGUGCAUCUCCUGCAAGCGCCGCAGCGAGACCACCGCCGAGACCUUCACCGAGUGGACCUUCCGCCAGAAGGGCACCGAGGAGUUUGUCAAGAUCCUGCGCUACGAGAACGAGGUCCUGCAGCUGGAGGAGGAUGAGCGUUUUGAGGGCCGCGUGGUGUGGAAUGGCAGCCGGGGCACCAAGGACCUGCAGGACCUGUCCAUCUUCAUCACCAACGUCACCUACAACCACUCCGGCGACUACGAGUGCCACGUCUACCGGCUGCUCUUCUUCGAGAACUACGAGCACAACACCAGCGUCGUCAAGAAGAUCCACCUGGAGGUGGUGGACAAAGCCAACAGGGACAUGGCGUCCAUCGUGUCCGAGAUCAUGAUGUACGUGCUCAUCGUGGUGUUGACCAUCUGGCUCGUGGCGGAGAUGGUGUACUGCUACAAGAAGAUCUCCGCAGCCACGGAGGCUGCCGCGCAAGAGAACGCCUCGGAAUACUUGGCCAUCACCUCGGAGAGCAAAGAGAACUGCACGGGCGUGCAGGUGGCCGAGUAGCCCGGCCCUGUGGUCGCCUCACGAAAGAGCUAGCCCUCACGGGAACAUCCGGGCGCAGCUCGGCCACCCUGGGCCUCUGCGGGUGGCCUCUGCGUGGCCCCGAGUCCUGCCCAGGGAGCUGCCAGGGUGGGCGGGGCGGGGGGGGGGCUCGGCUCGCACCCCAACCCAGCCUUCCUCCCUGCCCAUCGCUGCGCACCGCCAUGCAUGACCGACAAGCAAUACCGCCGCUGCCCCACCCCCGCUGCUUCUGCUGCCUGUUUGGGGAGGGGGCGGCACGGCGGGGGCAGCGGCCCCGCACCCCUCCUUCUUGCUGAUUUGCACACAUUGGCCGCUUGGGACACGCACUUCUGGGGCCAGCCCCUCCCUGCCUCACCCCUGCAGGGGGGGGUCGUGACGGGCUGGGAGAGUUCAGGGCAGGGGGUCUGGGCCCACUCCGACCCCCAGCCUCGUUCCCCCUCCCGCUUCCUCCGGCUGGACCUGGGGUCCCCCUCCCUGUGAUGCACCCCUGCCCCGGCCCAACCCACCCUCUCUCACCAGCCUGGGACUGGGGCCACUUAGAACGGGGCCCGUUCAGCCUUGUCUCUCUUUACAGAAGUAGUUUUGUUCAUGAAAUAAAGAUUCUUGGACUUGA